UAAACUUUGAGAGAGAAAAGUAACAACAUUUGAUUACAGUAAUUUUCAUUACAGUUAAAAAUGCGUAGAGUCAAAACAGAAGAACACCAGCCUGGAUCGGCCACCAAGAAAGCUAAAGAGUCAAAGCAAGACGUCAAAAUGAAGAUUUUCAAUGACUCUAUUCAUGGGCAAAUUGAAAUGCACCCUCUGCUGGUGAAGCUCAUAGACACACCUCAGUUUCAGAGACUGCGACAUCUUAAACAACUGGGAAUAAAAUAUCUGAUCUACCCUGGUGCAACUCAUACUCGAUUUGAACACUGUAUUGGGGUGGCAUAUUUAGCAGGACGUCUGGUCAAGAAUCUAAGAGAAAAACAAUCAGAGCUCAAAAUCACUCCAGAGGAUGAACUGUGUGUCCAGAUUGCUGGUCUGUGCCAUGAUUUAGGUCAUGGUCCAUUUUCUCAUUUAUUCGAUAGUAUGUUCAUCCCUAAAUUCCUCCAGGGUGAGAAUAAGUGGGAGCAUGAAGAUGGAUCCAUUAAGAUGUUUGAAUGGAUGUUAGAGGAGAAUGAACUGAUGAAGGAUAUGGGAGAUUACGGUUUAGAAGAAGAUGACAUCACCUUCAUUAAAGAAUUAAUUAAGGGAGUGGAACAUCCAGAUGGUCAGUGGAUGCAGUCUGGCAGAACUGAAGACAAAUCCUUCCUGUACCAGAUUGUGGCAAAUAAAAGCAACGGCAUUGAUGUGGACAAAUGGGACUAUUUAGCAAGAGACUGUCAUCAUCUGGGUAUUCCAAAUGGAUUUGACCUUAGGAGACUGUUGAAAUCUGCAAGAGUAUGUAAGGUGAACGGAAGUAACAGAAUGUCAAUCUGCUUCAGAGACAAGGUGGCAGAUAAUAUUUAUGACAUGUUUCAUACCCGAUACACUUUAUAUCGUCAGGCCCUCCAGCACAAGAUCGUCUACAUCAUUGAUCUCAAGAUAACAGAGGCCCUUGUGAAAGCUAAUGAGAAGCUUUAUCCUGGUCGCAAAAUCUCAGAUGCCAUAAAUGACAUGUCACAAUACACCAUACUCACAGAUCACGUCUUUGAUGAGAUCCUGCACAAUUCGAAUGACUUGGAUGGUGCCAGAGAAAUUUUACAAAACAUUGUCUCAAGGUGCCUCCCCAAGUUUGUGGGAGAGGCUAGACUGAUGGAAGUUGAAAAGAUAAAAGAGCUGAUGGAAUGGAGGAAGAAAACAGAAAGUCAGAUAAAGUAUAAGGGACGACUGAAUGAAUGGGGAGAGGAAAUCAUCAACAUACACAACAAGACUGUCAACCAAAUCCAACUGGCUGCUGAUGACUUGGAAAUUUGUGUGUUUACCAUGGGCUUUGGUGAAGUGGGCAAAAACCCUAUUGAUAAGGUCCACUUCUACAGCAAAAGAAACCCUGACAAUGCCUUCAAGAUGGGAAAGUAUGAAGUGUCCAGUCUCAGACCAGAGAAGUUUAAGGAGACUCUUGUUAGAGUGUACUACAAAAACACUAAAAAGAAUUAUGAGAAGGUUCAGCAGAGUAUUGAGGACUCCUUUCAUGAGUGGUGCCAAAAAAGCACAGACAUAAUUGACUCAUCCAGUAAUGACUCACUAGACAAGAAGAAAAACAAAAAAGACCAACAGAAUCUCCCAAACAAGACACACAUUAAAUUUAAGAUUUUCAAUGACUCUAUUCAUGGUCAAAUUGAGCUGCAUCCUUUGCUGGUGAAGAUCAUAGACACACCUCAGUUUCAAAGACUGCGACAAAUUAAACAGCUGGGAGCAAAGAGUUAUAUCUUCCCAGGAGCCACUCAUACACGCCUUGAACACUCUAUUGGGAUGUCACAUUUAGCAGGAUGUCUGGCAAAGGUUCUUCAAGAACAACUGAAGGAUCAAGGACCGGAUGAAGUUAUUACUAAUGAAGACAUCUUGUGUGUGCAGAUUGCAGCUUUGUGCUAUAAUUUAGGUCAUGGACCAUUCUCUCAUUUGUUUGAUUUGAAGUACAUGCCUAAAGUCCAACCUGGUGUAACCUGGAAGCAUGAGACAGCCUCUGUUUGGCUGUUUCUGGACAUAUUGGAGGAGUUAAAGAAAAAAGAGAAGGAAGCUGUUAAACUGGAUGAAGAUGAUCUCCUCUUUAUUCGUGAGUUAAUUCUGGGGGCUCAUGACAAAAGCAAUCGACAGAACAAAUCCUACCUGUAUGAGAUUGUGAAUAAUACAUGGAAUGGCAUCGAUGUGCGCAGAUGGGACUACUUUGCACGAGACUGUCAUCAUCUAGGCCUUUCAAAUGGUUUUGACUAUCAACGUUUGCUCAAGUCUGCAAGAGUGUGUGAGGUGGAUGAUAAGAAACACAUCUGCUUUCGGGACAAGGUGGCGGACAACAUUUAUGACAUGUUUCACAACCGUUACACCCUCUAUCGCCAGGCCUACCAGCACAAGAUUGGCAACAUCAUUGAAGACAAGUGAUUUUAUUCUAUUUAAAGUGUUUUCACCCAAUUUAGAAAUUUUCUCAUGCUUGUUUAUAGUUAA